CUGAGCUAUGAAGCAUCUUGCCAUCCUUGUGUUGUUUUGUCUGACAAUCUGCUCAGCUCAUCCACUGACUGGAGCAGAGAGGAAGGAGGACUCAAGCAUUGAUCUUGUCCAGCAAUACCUAGAGAACUACUACAACCUUACAAAGGAUGUGAAACAGUUUGCUAAAAGAAGGGACAGCAGUCAUGUUGUUAAAAAAAUUCGAGAAAUGCAGAAAUUCCUCGGGUUGGAGGUGACGGGGAAGCCAGACCCUGACACUCUGGCGAUGAUACGCAAGCCCAGGUGUGGUGUUCCUGACGUUGGCCAGUUCACCACCUUCGCUGGCAUGCCCAAGUGGAGGAAAACUCACCUUACCUACAGGAUUGUGAAUUAUACACCGGAUUUGCCAGGAGAGGCUGUUGAUUUGACCAUAGAGAAGGCUCUGGAAGUCUGGGCCAAGGUGACGCCACUUACUUUCUCCAAGGUUUAUGAAGGAGAUGCUGACAUAAUGAUCUCUUUUGUCGUUGGAGCACAUGGAGACUUUUUCCCUUUUAAUGGACCAGGAAACGUUUUGGCUCAUGCCUAUCCACCUGGCCCCGGUUUGUGUGGAGAUGUUCACUUUAAUGACGACCAGCUGUGGCGGGAGGAUAACUCAGGAACCAACUUAUUCCUUGUGGCUGCUCAUGAACUUGGCCAUUCCCUGGGUCUCUAUCACUCGGCUGACCCCAGAGCUUUGAUGUAUUCCAUCUACAAUGCACCCACAGACCUGACCCGCUUCCGCCUUUCCCAAGAUGAUCUGAACGGCAUCCAGUCCCUGUAUGGUCCUCCCCCUUCAUCCCCUGAUGGCCCUGCGGUGCCCACAGAAUCUGUGCCUCCAGGACCUGAAACACCAGCCAUGUGUGACCCUACUUUGUCCUUUGAUGCCAUCAGUUCUCUGAGAGGAGAAAUCCUGUUCUUUAAAGACAGAUAUUUUUGGCGUAGAUCUCACUUGAAUCUCGAACCUGAAUUUCACUUGAUUUCUACAUUUUGGCCCUCUAUCCCAUCAGGCUUGGAUGCCGCCUAUGAAGUUAGUAACAACAAUACUGUCUUUGUGUUCAAAGGAAAUCACUUCUGGGCUAUCAGAGGAACUGAGGUACAAGCAGGCUAUCCAAAAGACAUCCACACCCUGGGUUUUCCUCCAGCCAUGGGGAGAAUAGAUGCUGCUGUUUCUGAUAAGGAAAAGAAGAAAACAUACUUCUUUGUAGAGGACAGUUACUGGCAAUUUGAUGAAAAUAGCCAGUCCAUGGAGCAAGGCUUCCCCAGACUAAUAGUUGAUGACUUUCCAGGAGUUGAGCCAAAGGUUGAUGCUGUAUUGCAGGAAUUUGGAUUUUUCUAUUUCUUCAGCGGACCAUUACAGUUUGAAUUUGACCCAAAUGCCAGGAUGGUGACACGUAUAUUGAAGAGUAACAACUGGUUAUAUUGUUAAAUGCGAAUGAAAGAGAAAGAUUCAUUUUAAAUGAAUUUAAUAAUUAUUCACCUAAUUUAUUAUAAGUCAGAGGGAUGAAUUUUUCCUGCAUGUGCAGUGGCCAAGGAGGAGGAGCCCUACAGGCACUUUCACGUGUCUUGGAGCAUUUAUCUGGACCACUUCACUUGUGGUUGGAUUGCAUUAACUAGAAGUGGGAAACAUUCAUGUACACUCAUCAGAGAACAUAUGU